AUGUUUUCCCGUCCAAGAGGUGAGGUCAAGCGAGUACUUCCGUUUGGGGCUCGGCAGAAGGGCCGAGGAGUCCUAGCCUCCAAAAUUUUAAAGUCGGAGAGCAAUAGUGCAUGGACUGCUCUACUCGAUUGCUACAUAAGCAGAUCGCAUAUACACGGACUGUAUUUGCUGUUUUUACCAACGAUGCGGCGACGCAUGAGGAUCCUUUGGCUCCUGGCACUGGCGUGCGCCUUCACUGUUCUGCUCUACGUGAGCUAUUUGCUGGGGGAGCGGUACCAAAACAAGCAGUUUCAGACGGUUGUAGCCCACUCGCACGCCUCCAUUGGCAAAAUAUCCUUUCCGGUGGUAAUCAUCUGUAACAAGAACCGCCUUAACUGGUCCCGACUACCGGAGAUUAGGAGGCGGUACAAUAUAACCGCCACCCAAGAGGAGCUCUUUGACCGCAUCCUCACCGCCUACGACGGACUGAGUUUCCAGGAGUUCCACCUUUUCGAUAAGCUGCAGGGUGAGUCCCUGGAUGAGCUCAACCACCUGAACUUCACGCAAAUUGUUUCCGAUAUGUCCUGGCGGUGCGACGAGAUCCUCGGAGACUGUCUCUGGCAGGCAGUGCCGCGGAACUGCUGCCAGCUCUUCCGACCCCGACGCCUGCCCCUCGGACACUGUCUGGCCUUCAACGAGCUAGAGCGGCGACGGGGCACGGCGACAGGACUCAACUCGGGGCUGCUCGUCCGCCUGCGCCUUCGAGAAGCACUCCACGCUCCGGGGAACCCGGCUUCGAAAGGAUUCUUGCUGACAGUGUUGGAGUCCUCGGUGUGGUUCGGUUUCCCCAUCGAGGUUCUGCCCCACGCCCGCACCAACGUGGCCGUCACGGCGGUGUACCACUACUUCGACGAGAGCACUCUGAGCCUGCCCUCGCGGAGUCGGCGCUGCGUCAUGGACUACGAGCAGGACAGCGAGCACUUCCAGACCCUGGAGGGCCAGAAGUACAUGCUGGAGAACUGCCAGGCGGAGUGCCAGCAGCGGUACCUGUUCCGGUACUGCAACUGCUCCCUGGACCUCUUCUACCCGCCCUCCGAGUACGCCGCCUGCCGGCUGAGGGACCUGCCCUGCCUGGCGGCCCACAACCACCUGCUGCAGAACUUCGAGCAGCCCGGGGAGCAGCCGUACGUGCACAGGGCGGAGUCCGGCCUAAUCUGCGAGUGCCUGCACAACUGCAAGUCCCUGACCCUGAUGACCGACACGCGAAAGAGCGUCCAGCAGCCCUGGCUGCAGCCCAAUUCGAGCGUGGCCGAGAGCAUGUGGCUCAAUGUGUACUUCAAGAAACCCUCCAUGCUGGUCUACAAGACCAAUUUCAUUUACACCUGGGUGGACUUGGUCGUUUCCUUUGGGGGCAUAUGCCAGCUAUGUUUGGGAUGUUCGAUCAUCAGCCUCGUCGAGUUUGUAUUCUUUUCGCUGUUCAAGGUGCCACAACUGUUUUGGAGGCGUGCAAAUGCAAAACAAAGGAAGGUUUUAGAUGAGUGCAAUUCACUUACUCAUAAAUAUAUUAAAUGAUGUUGAUUAAAUAACGAAACACUUUUCCCUAGGCCACCUUUCAUUUACAAUUAGUUUGCGCAAAAACAGGAACUGCGUUCUAGGUUAAAAGAGAAAAUGGUUCCAGCA